GCUCCUGGCCCCGCCGGUCCCUGACGUGGACUCAAGCUUGGAGUCGCCCACAGGUUCCCUUCUCAAAACCAAUAAUCACAUAGGCGGGGGGGCCUUCGGUGUGGAUCCCCCCGGUGUCUACUCCAACAGCCUCCCUCCCGGCGCGGCCGCCGCCUCCCCUGCCCCUCCAUCACUCAGGAUCAAUCACGCCAACCAUACUGGCUCCAAUCACACCUACCUGAAAAAUGCCUAUGGCAAACCGAAGCUCUGCGAGCCUGAAGAGGAACUCCUCCAGCAGUUUAAACGGGAAGAGGUGUCCCCCACGGGGAGUUUCAGCGCUCACUACUUGUCCAUGUUUCUCCUGACUGCUGCCUGCCUGUUUUUCCUGAUACUGGGACUGACUUACCUAGGGAUGAGAGGGACCGGAGUACCGGAGGAUGGAGGACUCCUAAAAAACCCCUUUGAUGAAACAUUUGGAAAAAUACAAGAAAGUGAAAGAAAUCUUGUGAUGAGCACAUUAUACAAACUUCAUGAUCGGUUGGCCCAGCUUGCAGGAGAUCAUGAGUGUGGCAGUUCUAGUCAAAGGAUGCUCUCUGUUCAAGAAGCAGCUUCGUACUUAAAGGAUUUAGACCCUGCAUAUGAAGAUGUAUUUAAUACUUCAUUGCUGUGGAUUUUUAAAAAUGGGAAAGAUGUUGGAAUAAGGUGUAUUGGUUAUGGGCCUGAGGAAGAGCUGACAAAUAUAACUGAUGUGCAGUUUUUACAGUCCACCAGACCCCAGAUGUCUUUCUGGUGUCGUUUCCGACGUGCUUUCAUUACUGUAGCCCACAGGCUAUUGUUGUUGUGCUUAGGUGUAGUGAUGGUUUGUGUUGUUCUACGUUACAUGAAAUACCGCUGGACUAAGGAGGAAGAGGAAACGAGGCAGAUGUACGAUAUGGUGGUAAAGAUUAUAGAUGUUUUACGAAGUCAUAAUGAAGCUUGCCAAGAAAAUAAAGAUUUACAACCUUAUAUGCCUAUUCCACAUGUUCGAGAUUCCUUAAUACAGCCCCAUGACAGGAAAAAGAUGAAGAAAGUCUGGGAUAGAGCCGUUGACUUCCUUGCUGCUAAUGAAUCUAGAGUGCGCACGGAAACACGAAGAAUAGGAGGUGCAGAUUUUCUGGUCUGGCGGUGGAUCCAGCCAUCUGCAUCCUGUGAUAAGAUAUUAGUAAUACCUUCUAAAGUAUGGCAAGGCCAAGCAUUUCAUUUAGAUAGAAGAAAUUCACCACCAAAUAGUCUGACACCAUGUUUAAAGAUUCGAAAUAUGUUUGAUCCAGUUAUGGAAAUAGGAGAUCAAUGGCAUUUGGCAAUUCAAGAAGCAAUUUUAGAAAAAUGCAGCGAUAAUGAUGGCAUUGUUCAUAUUGCAGUAGACAAAAACUCACGUGAGGGUUGUGUGUAUGUUAAAUGUCUGUCUCCGGAAUAUGCUGGAAAGGCUUUUAAAGCAUUGCAUGGCUCUUGGUUUGAUGGGAAGUUGGUUACAGUAAAAUACUUACGACUAGAUAGAUACCACCAUCGCUUUCCCCAAGCUCUUACUUGCAACACUCCUUUGAAGCCAUCAAAUAAACAUAUGAACUCUAUGUCGCACCUACGCCUUCGGACUGGCCUAGCCAAUUCUCAAGGAAGUUCCUGAAGAGAUCCCUUCAGUCCUAGGACUUUAUUUAAAUAGGAAAAGUUCCUGUUUGGCUUCCCGUCUUCCUUUUAAAAUGCUUUUUGUAUGUAAUAUUUUUAUUGGUGAGGACAGCUGUUUGAAAGUUGCAAAGGGAUUUAGCAGUGCAGCAGCAAUGCUGAAUAGGCAGAAUAACUGGUUUCUUCAGGCUCUGGAGCUCAGUUAAGCCACUGCAUUUGAAGUUGUGCACAAGGAGCACUGACUUUAUAUGAAGCGUUUCAGAGAUGGUGGUUAUAUUUUUGCACCAAGAGUGAUUAGAUAACCACAGAAAGGCAUGGCGAAGCAGCCUUUUAUAUUUCCAUAAUUUCUUGUGAACGAAUGUGAAUUUUUGUAUACAGUCAGCUGCAUAGUUCCUUACAGGCUACUGUGGUAAAACUGUUCAUUUCCCACUUCAACCUUAGGUUUCUGUUGCUUGUAAAAGGUUCAUUUGCUGCAGCUGGAAUAUGGGGAACUUUAUUUGGUUUUAAUGGUUACAUACAUGUGUAAGUGGAUGUACAUGUACUUAAAUUGGCUUUUGUAUAUAUGUAUAAAUACUGAUGGUAGUGAAAGUCUUGUUUUGUGAGAAUGUCUGCAUUAGCAGUACAAUAAGCUUUCUAUUUUAUUCAUAAUCUAAUUUGUGUAUAUAUGUAUGUGCAUAGCUGUGUGUUUAUGUACAUAUGUAAUUGUACAUAUGUACAUAUACACACAGAUAUAUACAUAUGGCUGUACUGUCAUAGAUGAUCAAACAGCCAAAUACCUGGAAGUAUUAGAUACAUGUUUAAAAUGCCUUUUAUAGAUUUUAUAUAAAAUGCCUGAGUAUGAUUUGUGUGAAAGUUCUGGCACCAGUUGUAAUGAGUUCAAAUUUAUGUGAGCAAUAAAGAAGCAAUUGGCAGAUACUGGAAAAAUAUUUUGUGAAAAGCUGUAUUUAUUAUAAAUACCGGGGCUAUAACAGUGCUAUUGGGAGUAUGUCAUUUUCCCAGUCUGUUUAUAGCUCCUGUUCUAUGUUCAGUGUAGAGCAGGCAUGUUGUUGCAGCAAAAUGUGUUAGAAAAAUUAUCCUUGGAAUGUUGGGCCAUUAAAGUUUGCAAUGUAGAAAAUGCACAAAUGACCAUUGGUUUGUGUGUCAGUGUUUGUUUCAGUAAAGCUACUUUAUUAUUGCUUAUGAUUUCAGAUCAAAAUAAGUUAUUGAUCAAGGUUUAUUUGUAACCUAAAAAUUGGCCUUUUGAAAAAUAACCUUCUGGAUAUAUCAUUGUUGGUCCAAAUGAAUAUGUGAAACAGCCGGAAUUACCAAUUGCAAUACUUGUUUAAGUUCAGCUUUCUUUUUGUUGUGUAUGUGUUGGGUUUGCAGCAUGAACUUGCACAGAUAUGCACGUUUUCUGCUUAGUAAACAUGAUGCACACUAUUCUGUAAGAAAACCCUUUGUGCCUUACCUGUGUGCUUCUGUGGGCACCAUGUUUAUGAAGAAUAAAUGUUUGUUAUCAGAAGAGAGUUAAUGUUAAAUUCUCAAUUUAUGUCUCAGAUGCUAAUGUGUUAAAAGUAUAAAUAUAUAAUAUAUAAAGUAACCAGUCUUUCUGUAUUUUAUGUGCAUCAUAGUGAUUUAUUUGAGCUUAGUGACCCCAUCUUGUAACCUGUUGCAAGAGUGAAUGUAAAAAAUAGUUGUGGCAUUUUAACAGGUCACCUUUGGAUGCAGAUGCAUCUUUUUCUUGCUUUUAAGAUGUAUUUCAUGUAAACAUUGUACAUUUAUUAUUGUAAUAUAUACUAUUAUGCAGCUUAUUUUACCUGGAACUCAUUAAGCUGACCAAGAGUCCUCCCUAGAAGACAGAUGGGAAUGUGUAUAAUAAUUAGGUAUUAUUUGAAAAGUUCUUGUUUGAUGUAAUCUUUUUUUUUGUUCUGUUUAAAAAAGAAGGAAAACAUUCUAAUUAAAAAUUUAUUAGGUUUUUUAAAAAUGCGUGUUUGUUUUAAAGAAA